GGCCUGCUGCGGGGCACAGCUCAUCUCUGGAACAAACUGAAAAGGCAUCUUGGUGGGUGUUCGUCAGAACAGACACUAUGGGGGACGACGACUACUUUGCAAGCUACGUGUUCAACAUGUCCAACGCCAACAAGCAAGAGCACGAUAACUUCCUGGCGUUCCAGAAGCUCUUCCUGCCCUGCAUGUACGUGGCCGUGUUCCUCUGUGGCCUGGUGGGGAACUCGCUGGUGCUGGUCAUCUACAUCUUCUACCAGAAGCUGAAGAGCCUGACCGACAUGUUCCUGGUGAACCUGCCCCUGGCUGACCUGGUGUUUGUCUGCACCCUGCCCUUCUGGGCCUACGCUGGCGUGCACGAAUGGGUCUUCGGCAAGCUGAUGUGCCAAGUCCUGCUGGGCAUCUAUACUUUCAACUUCUACACGUCCAUGCUCAUCCUCGUCUGCAUCACCGUGGACCGCUUCAUGGCGGUGGUCCGGGCCACGAAGGCCUAUAACCAGAAGGCGAAGCGGAUGAGCUGGGGCAAGGCCAUCUGCGGGUCCAUCUGGGUGAUCUCCCUGCUGUUGGCCUUGCCACAGAUCAUCUAUGGCGAUGUCCGUGAGAACGACAAGCGGGUCUGUGGUCACAACGAGGAGAUUUCCACUGUGGUUCUCGCCACCCAGAUGACUCUGGGGUUCUUCUUGCCACUGCUCACCAUGAUUGUCUGCUACUCGGUCAUAAUCAAGACCCUGCUUCGUGCCCGAGGCUUUCAGAACCACAAGUCUCUCAAGAUCAUCUUCCUGGUGGUGGCUGUGUUCCUGCUGACCCAGACGCCUUUCACCCUGGUGAAGCUCGUGGGCAGCACGAGCUGGGUGUACCACACCAUGACCAGCUACCAUUACGCCCUCGCUGUGACGGAGGCCAUUGCCUACCUGCGGGCCUGCCUCAACCCUGUGCUCUAUGCUUUUGUUGGCCUGAAGUUUCGGAAGAACUUCUGGAAACUUGUGAAAGACCUUGGCUGCCUCCCUUGCGUGGGAGCCUCGAGCCAGCUGAAGUCUUCGGAGGACACUUCCAAGACGGGCUCCGCCUCCCAGCAAGUGGAGGGCACCAGCAUGUUCCAGCUGUAGGCCUUGGGGCUCAGAGAAGCUGCCCGGGAACUUCAG